UAUUAUUUUACCCUUUAUUUCGGGAACACAACCAAGGUCGUCUCUUUACCUUACCAGUUGUGAGGGAAAUCUCAUUCUGAGUGGUCGGGGCUUGUUGUCAGUUUUAUCCUUCCCUUCCUACUUUUUCCUCCUCCCUUGCAUUUCGGGUCCUAUAAAUCCUCAUCUUCCUUUCCCACAACUACCUCACCCUCCCUAAUUCCCAUUACCCUAUUUUUAUCCACCUAUAAAAUUCUCACUCCAAAUUCUAACACACCUUUGUGAAUAAUCUCCUCUUUUUCAGGUGAUUAUCAACCUGUCCUGGAUACAUGGAAGUAACUGGGGGUUAAAACCUGCCAAGUUUAUGGCCUUGACUGAUACUUGGGCAAUGCGUGGGGGAAGAUAUAAAUUAGGGAGCAACUACUCUGGGAGCAGAACUUUUGUUAUGGAAUUUGAAUCCGACUGGACAAAACACAGGAAAUUGCCAGCAUAUACUGCUCAUGUGAUGCGUUCUGCAACAUCCUUUAUGCCUUGGUCUUGUAAAAUCCCUAUAGGUGACGGAUAUCACGAAUUCCUUUAAACAAAUGUCUGCUAUCAUAAAGUAUACACAUUUUUGGGUGAUACCUAACUUGUCAUACCAAGAUAACCUGCAUCUCUUUUGACGUGCAUAGUUUCUCAAUCUAAAGAAUGCCGGGUUUUGUGAGUGAAAAUAAGAGAUUCAAAGAACCAAACAUGUGUUUAUCCAAUUUGGUCAUGCAAGAUACACCAAUUCGUUCAAAAAGCUAUCGUAGUUUGACUCCUCUAGCCGUAGAUGAUUUUGACAUCCCCAUUCUACCGGGACUGCCAGAUGACAUAGCAAAACAUUGCCUUGCUCUUGUUCCUCGUUCCAACUUCCCUGUUAUGAGUGGUGUGUGUAAGAAAUGGAGGCAUUUUAUUCAAAGCAAAGAACUUAUCACUGUGCGACAACUAGCUGGGGUUCUUGAGGAGUGGCUCUAUGUGUUAACAACAGAUACUCAAGGAAAUCCAAGCCACUGGGAGGUUUUAGAUUGCCUCGGAUGCAAGCACCAUAUUCUUCCUUCAAUGCCUGGUCCAAUGAGAUCUGGGUUUGGGGUGGUAGUUCUCAGUGGAAAGCUUCUUGUCAUUGGUGGAUAUUCUGUGACCAGCGGGACCAGUGUUGCAUCAGAAGAUGUUUACCAAUAUGAUUCUUGCCUCAACAGGUGGGGAAAGUUAGCAAGCCUGAAUGUGGCUCGACAUGACUUUGCUUGUGCAGAAGUGGGUGGAAUGAUCUACGCAGUUGGAGGAUUUGGUAUAGAUGGGAGCAGUCUCUCUAGUGCCGAGGUGUACAAUCCUGACACUGAUACUUGGACCCUGAUUGAGAGUCUUCGCCGCCCACGAUAUGGUUGCUUUGCCUGUGGAUUUGAAGGAAGGCUGUAUGUUAUGGGCGGAAGGUCAAGCUUCACUAUUGGAAAUUCAAAGUUUGUUGAUGUCUAUGACCCCGAGAAGCACACUUGGUGUGAGAUGAAGAAUGGUUGUGUCAUGGUCACUGCUCAUGCUGUGCUGGAAAAGAAGCUAUUCUGUUUGGAGUGGAAGAACCAGCGGAAGCUUUCAAUUUACAAUCCAGAGGACAAUUCAUGGGAGAUGGUACAGAUCCCAUUGACUGGAAGCACAAGUAUAAAGUUCCGGUUUGGGAUACUAGGUGAGAAACUUCUGCUAUUUUCACUUGAGGAGGAACCUGGUUACCGUACUUUGUUGUAUGAUCCAAAUGCAACCCCAGGAUCAGAGUGGCAGACUUCUGAGGUAAAGCCGUCUGGUCCAUGCUUCUGCUGUGUUACGAUCAAGGUGUGAAACGUGUGCCCGAAAGUUAGAGAACCUUUGUAAGAGACUAGAAAAAAAAGUUGGUGAACUUCUUGCAUUGAUUGGAUUAGGAUUUUAAAUAAUUACUGAUAAUUGUGCUUGUUCUGUUUGCCUGGAUUAGGACUAGCAAUAACAAUUAGUGUUCGUUCAGAACUUCUUGCAUUGCCUAAAAGUCAGUCAAGUCUGGUUUGGGACUGCUCUCUUUUAUCAAUUAACUUCCUUGCAUUUGUUUAUGUU